UUCAAACAAUGCGGCUUAAUGAAUUUUCUGAACACAGAGUUGAAAAGUUAGAAGUGACAUGGUCAACAAUGGGAAAAGCUCAACCAAGAAAUUCCAACAAUCUUAGAUCAAAUCCAGGAUACUAUGCCUCACUUACGCUUCCGUCGCGAAACAGAUGACCGCAAGGAGACGUAUUUCGCAGAAAUGUCAAGUAGAAGAGCUAGUAAUACCAGAAAAUUAGGUAAGAUUUCUUGUUUAUCAAGCUAUGACAACCUUUUCUGGAAAAUAAAUAAAUAUGAAAAGCUUCCUCAUCAUCUCAAGUCUUGCUUAGAUUAUAUAUUUAUCACCAGACCUUGUCAAAAACCUGUACUGGUUCAAGUUCUGAUGGCCCAAGGUCUAAUACCAGAUAGGCCAGGGGAAAUCAUAGAGGAUGUGGCAGAAAAUUUUGUCGAGGAGUUAAUUGCGCUAGGAAUGCUUGUAGAAAAUCGCUACUGCGGAAGUCUAGAAGUUGCGAAAUGCUACAAUAAUUCAUGUAGUGUUGAUGUAGAUGAACAAAAAUUUAUGUCUAAAGCUGAAAAUUUAGAUGUGCAUGCUAUAGUCAGUUUUGAUGAGAGGAACCAUCGGUCAAUUGAUUUUAAAAACCUCAGAAUUUGUAGUCUGUUUUUGAUUGCUGCAUACGAUUGGGAUCCUCAUCGAGGUCUUUCCCGGGAUUUUAUGCAAGAUAUCUGCAAGUUGCAAUUUUUGGUGGUGUUGGAUAUAUUUGGUGUCAUUGAAUCCAUUCCUGAUGAAGUGGGGAAUUUGGUUAACCUCGAGUAUUUGGGGUUGGCCGUGUGUAUAAAUAUGGAUAAUCUACCGCGGAGUUUAGGUAAUCUUCAGAAACUUCAAACUCUGCAUCUAACAUACUAUGAAAGCCUACGAGAACUACCGGUGGAAUUGCUGAAACUUCGACAGCUGAGGCACCUUCUACUUGUUAGGUGCGGCAAUGACUCGGAAGUCAGAGUACCCAAAGGGAUUGGAAUGUUGGCGAAUCUUCAAACAUGCGAAGGCGUGUAUGCUGGAGAUGGCAUGGCUAAAGAAUUGGGUACUUUAACCCAACUACGUAGAUUUGGUGCUACGCGUGUCUCUGAAGGCCAUGCUAGUGAGCUAGCUGCAGCUAUUAUGAACAUGGAAAACCUUCACUCAUUGUCUUUAGAAGCAGAGGACGCAUGGAUUAACGGUGAAUACAGAGGUGUUUUACCUCAACUUGAGAACUUUUCCCCUCCGCAUCUUGUUCAAGAGCUGACUUUAUGUGGAGCUCUAAUCGAAAUCCCCAACUGGAUUGCUCCCAUGCAGAAGCUUACCAGGUUAAGUUUAACUCGAUCUAAUUUAUCACAGGAUGAAGCUUCUCUCCUUCAGUAUCUUCCCAAACUAAAACAUUUAGACCUAUGGAAAGCAUAUGAUGCAAAGAUCAUCGGCAAGGAAUUUUGCGAGGUUGGGAGUUUUCCAAAGCUAGAAACUCUUAGAUUUUCUUCUGAGCAUCUUGUGGAGUGGGAUGAGAUAGUGAAUGGAGCUUUUCCGAGCUUAAGGUAUCUCGAAUUUUAUAACUGCGAAAAUAUGAGAUUUAUUACUGAAGACUUGAGAAAUUUAUCUAGGCUUCAAGAACUAAAUUUUUUGGCAGUACAUGAAGACCUUGCAAGGCAACUGCGAGGUAAAGAGAAAUACAAGAUCAAACAAAUUCCGAAAGUAAUGUUCUUAUGAUCAUUUAUAAUUGCUAGCUUCAAGUGACAUUUUUGAACUAUCAAAGGUUCAUAUCAGCAUAUAUUUCGGUGCUUUAGGUAUUAUAUGAUUAUAUCUACUUCUAAUUUUCUUGUACUAAUAACAUGUGAUUGCAGUCAAUGCUAUUAAUACUAACUGGCGCUUU